AUGAUAACAAACAAUUUACCGACCUGGCUGGAUGCAGGUAAAGAUAUACAUGAUCCCAGACUUUUGUGGGAUUGGAUCAAGUUUAAUAUAAGUUCAAACUCCAUCAUAUUCUCCAAACAAAUAGCUUCCAUUCGACGGAAACAAGAAGAGGAAUUAAAUAAACGUUAUCAGGAGGCAGUCCUAAUGUUUCACACAAAUCCUUGUAACAAUACGCGUCUGGCACUAGAAAAAUCUAAGCAGGAUCUUGAAGCACUGUACGAGGACAAAGUAGAAGGAAUUAUAUUACGCGCAAGAGCUCGAUGGCACGAACACGGUGAAAAGAAUAACAAAUAUUUUUUAAAUCUCGAGAAACGCAACCAUGUU